GUGUGGGAAUGGGGACAAAUUGGUGAGUGAAAUUAAAUUUGUUGCAGUUUUUAAUUUCGCCAAGUACGAUAGCAAAUUAUCCCAAGUGGAAAAAUGAUCAAGAAUAACCAGAAAAUGACUGAAAUAUAGACUAAUAGUGCUACUUGGGGCGUCAGUUAUUGGAGACACUCACCCUAGAGAUCGAUACUAAAUGCACUGUUACAGCUGUGUUGAAUGUGGAAGUCCGUUGGAGAUCUCACAUGAGACAUCGCUGGUUUACUCUGGGGACUUCGUGAGCUGCUUUGGGUGUAUAAAAGCACUGGUCAGAUGAGUCAACUUCUCAGUUGAAGUUCUCACGGAAGCAGAUGACAUUCCCGUGCCGGUGCUAUUUCCCUCCAAAAGUUUCUGUACUGUGGACGAAGAACACCUUUUGGCAAAUUUUUUUUUGAGAGAUCUUAGUGCCUUAAAUCCAUGCUUAUAAAUUUACUUUAAUUUCUUUGAAUGGUCUUUUUUGUGGUUUUACAGUGAAAAAUGAAAAAUUUCUGUGCAAAUUGCUGGACCAAUAGUGCUUCAAUAAAAAUUUUUGCAAUACUUCUGGUUGCUGGAAAAAUUCAGUGUCAAGACUUCGGAUAUGAUGGUGAUAAAGGACCUACCCAUUGGGGUGAACAGUACAACACUUGCUACGGGAAGCAUCAGAGUCCAAUUAACAUUGAUUCCUUGGACGUUGUGCCGGUCAAUUUGCCACCACUCGAGUUUAUUGGCUUUGACGAGAAACCAGCUAAAUCCGAAAUCACCAACAAUGGACACACAGUGAUGCUGGAGGUCGAUUGUGAUCCUCAGCCAGCGAUAACUGGUGGCCCCCUGAAUGGUUUGUAUGAAUUCAUGCAGCUCCAUUUUCACUGGGGAGAAAACGAUACAAUUGGCAGUGAGGAUCUCCUCGAUAAUCACAGCUUUGCAAUGGAACUCCAUGUUGUCAUGUACAAAAGCUUCUAUCGCAGCUCCCGAGAAGCUCUUGAUCAUUCAGAUGGACUCGCGGUGCUUGCAUUCUUCAUCGAAGUCUCCCCAACGGAUAAUCCCGCUUUUGAUGAUUUUACAAGGUCCCUUGAAAAAGUGACAUCUCCACAUACAACUACCUCUUUUGAUAAGCUCCAGAGCCUCAGGCAGCUCAUCGGCGAGGAUCUAACGCAAUAUUACACCUACAAUGGAUCACUCACAACGCCUCCGUGCAGUGAGGUUGUUGUGUGGAUCGAUUUCAAGGAACCCAUUACCCUUUCUCAUAAUCAGAUAGAGAAAUUUCGCGCUCUUGAGGACACUGAAGGCGCUAAAAUGACUCACAAUUUCCGUCCAAUCCAACCACUCGGCGAUCGUGUUGUACUCUUCAAUACUGGCGAAAUUGAAGGAAAUGACCUCAACAGAAAAAAGUGGGCACCUUACGACGUGGUACAGGCUCAUGAGGACCGGACAACGGUCAAAGUGGACCAAGAUGACUUGGAGGCAAAUAUUCCUGAUAGAGAAUACCCUGAGCCUAACAAUGAUCUUGCCGGAGUUACGGAAAGUCCCAAGAGGGGCUUCAAACGGUUAUUCCGAAAGAAUUCUGCAUGGAAACAUCACGCCAAUUCGUGCCUUAUUGUUGCCAUUUACCUUCUAGUGCUCUGCAACUCAACGCGCGUGUAAAAUUUUAAUGUGUGAAUUGUGUCGUAAAAUCGUAAGAUUUUUUUUUACUCAGAUACUAUUUAAAAUAAAUUUAAGGAGGAAAAA